GUGUGUGUGUGUGUGUGUGUGUGUGUGUGUGUGUGCGCGUGGCCGUGUCUCUUAAACUCCGAGGAACUCUCCUCUCUUUGUUUCAGCCCCCGAGGGUUUGGACUUUUCCUCCUUCCCAGGCGUGAGGCGUCUCUCUGGGCGUCUCUCUGGGCGUGUGUGCAAGCUCUUUGGGAGUGGGGCCUCCCAGUGCUCCUUCAGUGCCCAGCGGCGCCUGGGCGCCUCGGGGUGUGUCAUUUAGUGACAGUGGCGGAUGUCCUGGUUCCCUGAGUUGGCAGAGUAUCGUGAUUCUGCGGAGCCUUUCCCUAAGGACAGCCCUUGAAUGUUGCCAUUUUGACGCUGUCAGUUGUUACUUGUCACUGUGUAGCUUCCAGGUUUUAGUGACGGAUGAUUUCUUCUUCCUUGCUAGCCUCAGUGCAUUUCUGGUAGUCAGUUUAUUAUUAAUCAGUGGGCAAGGGCGAGCUUCCCAAGCCCGGAUGGCUCUGGUUCUAGAUCUGGUGAUCAGGGUACAUUCUCCUCGGUGUGUGUGUGUUAGCGCGCUCCAUCAUGUGUUUCUGAAUAUUCUAGCAGUUACUUGGCAAAGAAACCAAGACAUGGGCGUGAGGAUGUGGCAGUGUUCCUAUAUAUAGAACGUGUAGAAGAAUUCAGCUACUUGUAAUCUCUUACAUAGGAAAAUUGGCACUUUUACUUUCUAUAACAUUCGGAAGCGCUCUAAAGGCAGACUGUUGUGCAUUGCUUUGUAGGUGAGAUUUACACAAAGGACUACUGAACUUGUUACGGGUGGCACUCAUAGGUAAAUACGUGUACUGUUUAGACUGUUUAUAUUUUGAAAAAAAAUAGAUUUAUAUAAACUGAAACCCACAAAAACCACAUUGACUUCAUCUGUUUCCCUUUUGUUUAAAUAAGAAGUUUGCAGAGAGGUGUUUGUUACUCCUAUUAUUGGAAUAGAUUAGUCUGCAGGGAAUAGGGUUGUUACUGGUCUUUGCUCAGUCUGUUUACCAGCUGCUCUAUCUUUGAGGCUAUUGUACUGGACAGAAAUUAUCCACCUCCACUCUCCUUAAAGAACUCCUGAUGAAUUACGUGUUACAUGUCAUGUUGUACAGUCGAUAGCAAAAAAGGUCUUUCAUGUUUACAGUUUCUUUAAAAAUCUACUUACAAGCGGUUUUAGCUGGUAAUAUAAUCAUCUGUUUGCGUCAGGACCAAAAGAUAGAACUGACUUGUGUCCACAGAGUGGGCUAAGUCCCGGUGGAAAGGUCUGUCAGUGUGCCCUUUCUUGGGAAAGUGUGUUCUGUAGUGGAAGCUCAGGUGCAUUGUGAGCUCCUAGAGGGCAGAUAGACCACUUCUUGAAUGAGUGAACCAAAAGAAUGAGGGUGGCUGCUAGGAAAAUAUGUUCCCCCUAUGGUAAGCUCUCAGUUAGAGCUUAAGUGUGUAAGGGAUCCCAGCACAUAGUCGGGCUCAGGUAUGUACUGAACUAACGAUGCAGUGAGCUCAGGGGAGACGGUUUAUUUAGGGUUGGAUAGUUUUGUCUGUCAUACCAUUUAAAGGUAACAUUUUAAAGUUGUCAGUUUGCCACUGUCAGUUGUUGUCAUCACAUACAUUUUUUAUUUAGUAGAUUUUCAGGAGGUGAGAGGGUGUGCCUCGUCACAGUUCCUAGCAGAAGAGAAAUAGGUCUGCGGUGGUGGUAGAGGGCAGGAGGAUAAUACAGCCGUACCCUUACCCUGGGCCUCUGUCCUGCAGUUUCAGUUAUCUGCAGUCAGCCAUGGUCCAGAAAUAGUAAAGGGGAAAGUUCCAGGAAUAAACAGUAAGUUUUAGAUCAUACACCGUGAUGAGCAGUGAUGAAAUCUUGCCUUGUGUUGCUCCAUACUGUUGAGGACAUGGAUGUGUGCUUUGUCCAGAGUGUCCAUGCUGUAUAUGCUGCCCACCUGUUAAUCACUUAGUACCUUGGGUUAUCCCAUUGAUUACCACAGUGCUUAUCCUUAUUUUACUUAAUUAUGGCCCUAAAGUGCAAGUGAUGUUGGGGCUGAGAUUUAGAAACUGUAAAAUGCUUCCUUUAAGUGAAAAUGUGAAAGUCUAUUUUGAGAGACCAUAUCGAUUUAUUAUAUUGUUAUAGUUAUUGUUGUUAAUCUAUUUGCCUAAUAUAUAAUUUAAACUUCAUCAUAGGAGUGGAGGUGUACAGAGGAGAAACUGUAGAUGUGUGGUUAAGUCCUAUAUACAGAUUCCGGCCUUCAGUGGGGGUGUCAGAAUGGACCCCUUGUGCAUAAGGAGGACAACUGCAUAAAAAAAUUUCUCCUUACAGUAAAGAGAUUAUGAAUCAGGCAGAUAAAAAUCAACAAGACAUCCCAGCCUACCUUAGUGAUGAACCGCCAGAAGGUUCCAUGAAGGACCAUCCGCAGCAGCAGCAGCCCGGCAUGCUGUCCCGCGUGACUGGGGGCCUCUUCAGCGUUACCAAGGGCGCCGUGGGCGCCACCCUUGGUGGUGUGGCUUGGAUUGGUGGGAAGAGCCUGGAGGUGACCAAAACGGCCGUAACAACUGUGCCUUCCAUGGGAAUAGGGCUGGUGAGAGGGGGCGUGUCCGCCGUGGCUGGAGGAGUCACAGCGGUGGGCUCUGCGGUUGUCAGCAAAGUGCCCUUGACCGGGAAGAAGAAGGACAAGUCUGACUAAGGCCGGUGCCUCGCUCCCCACGGCCCGCCGAUGCCGAUGCCGAUGCCGCUGGCGCUGCACCACCGCGUGACGGACUACACCGCGGCCACCGUGCUGGCCGCUCCUCUGCUGAACUGCUGUGUUCAAGUAUUGAGGACUGGCUUUCCGCUAGAGAGACCAAUACUAGCACAGUGUGUGAAGGUUUGUCACACUUAAGUUCCAGCUUUUGACCUGGUAAAAUGUUACAGGGACUCAGCUGUAACUGCAGACACGUGUGUUGGGUGUUUCCUCUGCGCCUUUCCGUCCGACUGCGGUGUGAACGCCAGGUCAGGUCCCUUAGAGCUCCCGGUCGGUGUGUACAGCGUGCCAGGUGCCCCAAGUCCCCCGACGGACGAAGCCUGAGCUACGAAACUGCCCCGUUGCUGUGCCUCGCAGUCUCCGGGGUCCUGGUGUCCGGUCCCCAGCAGUGGAGCGGGCCACGGCGGGGGCGUGGGCGAGGUGUGGGCAAGAGGUGAACGGUGCGAGGGGACUGGGAGCCCCCCACAGUCUGCUCAUUCAAUCGCUGAUGCCUUACAAAGGGAACAUCUUUUCUGAUACCUUCAUAUGUGCAGGGCUUGAAAUUGGCUCGGGGCCUCGUGAGGGUUGAGAUGGGGUUUCCUCCUAGGACUCUCGAGGAGGGAUCGGUGGCCAGCAUGGUGCUUGCGGGGGGUCCGGGGGACGCAGUCGGGCUGCACGCGUGGACCUGGCUUGUGCUCCACCACCAACACGCCUCUCAGUGCCUGAGGUCCGCGUCUUCGCUGUGAGGGGUCUCGUCCUAAGGGGGACCGGAUGUGAAGUCCCUGAGUAGUAGUUAAGGCAGGCAGGACAGGAAAGGCGUCCUGCACACCUAGUCUGUCUGUAAGAUGGCCUCAGUUAUCAGGAGUGCUCCCCUUUAAAAAUAGGAUGAAAGCAUCCACACCCACUCGAGGGCUGACUUUCGGUGCACCGGGCUCCCUAGAUCAGUUUCCAGUGACACAGGUGCGCCCUGACGGACUUCGGAAGGCUUCUGAAACAUGCCGUCGCGAGCCCCUGAAGCAGCUGCACAGCGCUGCUUUCCAGCCCCUGCCAGGAGGGAAGUGGCGUUUGGGUUGCGGAAGGCAGCGUGUGGUGCCUCCCUGACCCGCCAUGCUGUCCCCUGCACCCCAGGAAGGGAACUUGGCCGAGGUAUUUCUGACAGCGCGUGAGGACUCCGUACUGCCCUUUCCCCGGAGGGUUUAACCCUGGCCUGAAACGUCGGAAGCCUGGAGCGGUGGGCUUUCUGCGGGUGGAGUCGGGUCCUGUCCCCGGGGAUCCGGGUGGCAUGCUGCAGCAUCUGGGUUGCAAACCCUCAGAGCAUCGCUUUAGUGCUGUGGGCUGGCAGAGGAGGAGGACUCCCCUGCAGACAGCAAGUCUACAAGGGUCUGGAACUUUGCUGCCUAUACACAACUGCAAAGUUCAUUAAGUAGUUCUGUUAAAUGGGUCACUUAUUUUAUGCAACAUGAUUUAAGAUACAUUGUUGGUUUAUUCUGGUCAAGUGUUUUAAUUAUCAAAGGGGAUCUUUUUUAGAGCUCCAAAAUUAAUAUUUGAACGCUAAGUUACCUAAAUAAUGAUACGGAGAACCUGUUUUCUGCUGUUGUAAAGUUAGUGUUGCUUCCUUGCUGGUUUCUAUUUCUGCCUUAUCUCCCACACCACUGGCUCUGCUGUGCUUGUAACCGGAUUUCUCCUAAGCAUAGACUUCAGUUUUCUGUAUGCUUGCAUAUUUAUAUUUUCAGCCUGCUCCUUAGAAUCGCUUGAGGAAAAUGGUUGCAGUUUCUCCCACGGAGGACCAGCCGCCUGGUAGAGCUUACCUCAGAGGUGGUUUGCAGUUCGAAGCUACAGCUUAGUGGAGAGGGCCUUCACCACGGAACCAUGAACGUCCUUUUGAAGGCUGUUGCCAGGUGAGCGUGGCCUGUGCGACACGUGUGGCCGGUGGUGUCGCCCACACCCUCCCGGUGGAUCAAGGGGCAGCUCGGGCUGUGGAGACCGGAGUGGCUCAUCCCGGAAGCCGAGCGCCAUGCACCAGAGGCGCUGCUGUGCCUUCCUUUCCACAUGGGUGUUUGUCACACCAAGACGGGACCCGUGACCCGACGUUACAGGGCCUGCACUAGUGAAGUGUCAGAGGGACUGAGUAACUUUUUGUAUUAAAGGGAUGGGCAAAGAGUACAUGAAUUAAUAAAGCACUAUGAUCUGCAAGACAUGAAAUGUUUCGUAGAGAUCUAAAAGACGUAAGGGGAAACUUAAAACAGGACAGUCUCAGAACUUCUAGUUACACAGCAGCUCCGAACGUGCUAUGACCAGUUUUAAUUUUUGUGCUGGAGAUGUACAGACUGACGUCCCAGAACAUGUAUUUUGAUGCCAACACAACAGUGAGAUACAGAUCUAUUUUAAGCAACUCUAAUAAAAAUUGCAAAUGUGGA